AUGGAGGAUGGCAUUACCUUGCAACAAAUGCUGGAAAUUGGCAUCCUGGACCACAUCGACACCCUGGAACGGAUCAGCGUCAAGGCGCAAAAGGAACACGGCCUCAAGACGGCCUUGGCCACCAUGAAGAAAGAGUGGCGUCCAAUCGAAUUUGGCCUUGUUCCACACAGAGCGGGCACCCAUAUGGUCAGAGGAAUCGAUGAGAUCCAGGCUGUGCUCGAUGACCACAUUGUCAAAUCAAUGGGCAUUCGUGGCUCGCCUUUCGUGGAGCCGAUCGAGAAAGAAGUGAAGGAUUGGCUGUUGAAGCUCACUUACAUCCAAGACCUUCUGGAGCAGUGGCUGGCGAUGCAGCGUUCAUGGCUGUACCUGGAGCCGAUCUUCAGUUCAGAUGACAUCCAGAAGCAGCUUCCCAGUGAAGCCAAACGUUUCCAACAGGUCAACAUCCUUUGGCGAACUACAAUGGAGUCCGUUGCCGAAAAUCCGAACGUUCUGGAUGUGUCAGAGAUCGAGAACCUUCUCGCGAGCUUCAUUGAUGCCAACAAGAAGCUGGAUGCAAUCCAGAAAGGCCUAAACGACUACCUGGACACAAAGCGCCUGGCCUUUCCGCGCUUCUUCUUCCUCUCGAGUGAUGAGCUGCUCAUGAUCCUGUCCCAGACCAAGGACCCGACAGCGGUUCAGCCGCACAUGGGCAAGUGCUUCGAAGGCAUCAGCAGGGUUCGCUUCAACAACACAAACGAGAUCAUCGAAGCCAUGUCGUCUGUAGAGGGUGAGGUGGUCGAACUCGCCCAGCCCGUGAACGUGGUCGAAGGAGAGAAGAAGGGCAACGUGGAGAAGUGGUUGAUGGAGGUGCAAGGCUCCAUGAUCGACAGCCUGACGAAGGUGACCGGCACUUCCCUCUUGGCCUAUGCAAAGACGCAACGUGGGGGCCCUCGUGUGCAAUCGCCAGUUACGCUCGUAUGUCUUGGCCUGCUGGGUUCACAUCAUGCCUUCAUGUCCGAGCGCGCAGAUGCUGGUACUGAUGCUGAUCCCAGAAGUGGCUCACCGCAAGACGCAGGGGUUGCCGCUUCUUGUGCUACUAGUAGCCUGCUUCGAUCCUCCACAGCCUAA